AUGUUGGAAAACUCAAGAAAUAAGAUGCGAUUGCGAAAAUUACUAGACGUAAGUCAAGGCAGGACACGAUCGCAUGUGAAUGAAAUGCGUGAAACUAAAAUUUCAGAAAUUAUGGAUACUGAAAACGAAAAACUAACAUUAGAAACUUCAAAUAGAAGCAAAAUGAAGAAACGAGUGUUCAAAACAUUGGAGAUGUGGGAACAACGACGACCUCAAGUAAUUGUUCAAAUGAUACACACAUUUUCACUUAUAAAUAAUAACGGAUGGACACCUUUAACACAAGAAGAGGUUAUGAGAACGAUGGAUUCAGAAUUCACGAGAAGGUCUUUUGUCAAUCAAUAUAACAAUAUUCCUUUAUAUGGUUAUCCCACACAGUCCGUUAAACUCAAAGAAAACGCUAUCAAAUUGUUGUUACCAAAAAGGUAUUUACAAAUUGAGAAAGAAAGUUUUAAUCCCAUAGACGCUAAAAAAGAAGUCGGCAUACCCUUUCAGAAUACUCAAAAAUAUUAUAGCGACAAAGAUCACGUACUGUACCAACAAGAAGAUAGUAAUACUGAUUUUGUUAGCAAGAAAAAUGAAACUGAUAUUAUUGAAAUAAGUAACAGAACACCAAAAUCACUAUUUAUCUCAACAGAUCUAACAAAGCACGUGAGUAAAAAGGCAAAAGAAAACAUGAUUGUAGUAGGUAAACAAAAUAUCGUAGAACCGGAUCUAUAUUUAAAACUAAAAGCAGACACAGAGAGGAACGGAAAUGUUUAUGAAGUUACUGAAGAUAUAUCCGAUGUUCCCGAAGAGAGAAUGAACAGCAAGAAAUCCGGAUACAUUUACAAACCCCCCGAGUUUAACGUCGAAACUUCAACAAAAGUCAAUAGUUCGAAUUUACUUUUGAAUAUCCUGACCAAAUAUAAUAUAGGACUUGAAGAUGAUUUGCCAAAUUAUACAUUAUCUCGUCUCACAAAAGGUCCAAGACCAAACUUCAUGUCUGUUUUUAAUCCUAUGAAUGUUCUUUAUGGAUUUAAAAGCUUCAAUAAUCUUAUUAAAGAUCCUUCGCUAGCAGUUUAUCUAUCAAAUUAUGGAUACUACUUGCCAGGGUCUUAUGGAAUUCAAAAUAAAUACAGGAACUUAUAUGGCUAUUUGGCAUCUAAUAAUAUCCAUAAUAACAUGCCCUUUGGAUCUUAUAAAAUUUAUUCUGAUACAGAUUCGUCAAAUUAA